AUGUCGCUGCGGAUGGGCCUGGUGGCUUUGGUGAACCAGGCCGGCACCUACUUGGAUGGCAUGAGCAGCCUGCGGCAGGCGGGGCUUCGGGACAAGGAGACCAUCACCGGGGUAGCGCGCAAGGCGCAGAUCUACAGCAGCAGGAUGUCCAAAGCUUUUGCCCUGAUCCGCAUCUCCGGCAGUGUGGUCACCUGGGGCGACCUGGACUACGGGGGCGACUGCAGCGAGGUGGCCGGGCAACUGUCGGACGUGCAGCAGAUCUUUUGCUCCGAAGGCGCCUUCGCGGCGUUGACCCACGACGGGCGCGUGGUCACCUGGGGCCACAGGCCCUGGGGCGGCCAGAGCUGCAAGGUCCGGCAGCAGCUGCACUACGUACGGCAGGUGACAGGCAACAACUUCGCCUUCGCAGCGCUGCGGGGAGACCAGACGGUGAUCACGUGGGGCUUGGACCCCUAUGGCGGUGACAGCCGCCACGUGCGCGACCAGCUGGUGAGCAUUAAGGCCAUCUACGCCACCUCCUCUGCCUUCGCAGCCCGGCGGGGGGACGGCAACGUGGUGAGCUGGGGCGAGCCGCGCCAGGGCGGCGACACCCGCCAGGUGCAGUCUCAGCUGGUUUCAGUGCGGGAGAUCUGGUCCAACGAGGGCGCCUUCGUGGCGCAGCGCACAGAUGGAAAGCUGAUUGCCUGGGGCGAGCACGACUUCGGGGGAGACGCCAGCAUCGUGGCCAACUUCUUCGACGUGCGGAGCAUCCAAAGCACCGGCCGCGCCUUUGCCGCCAUUCGCAGCGACAAGACGGUCAUCACCUGGGGAUGUCCAGAGUAUGGCGGGGACAGCAACGCGGUGCAGGCGCAACUCCGAGGUGUGAAGAGCGUGCAGUGCACGGGCGCGGCGUGCGCGGCCGUGCGGAGCGACGGGCAGGUGGUGUGCUGGGGUUUCAAGGACGCUGGCGGCGACUGCACGGCGGUGCAGCGGCAGCUGGGCAACGUCACCUCCGUGGCAGGCAGCUCCGGGGCGUUCGCUGCGCUGAAGUCCGACAACACCGUGGUGACAUGGGGCGACCCGCUGUCCGGGGGUGACUGCAGCAGCGUGAAGCACCAGCUGCAGGGCGUGGUGAAGAUCGUGGGCUCCUACGGCGCCUUCGCGGCCAUGCGCACCGACGGCUCGGUGGUGACCUGGGGCAACGAGCUCUUCGGAGGGGACAGCAGCCAAGUAGAGGACCAGCUGAAGGACUUGAAUCGCUUCACCGGCUGA